UAGAGAGAGAAUAUAUGGUUCAACAGGCUAUUUUUUACAAAUACUCAUUAAGAAAUGGUUAUCAAUAACGAUAUUAGAUCCUCUUUUUUAUAACUUUUAAAAAAGUUAAAAAGUUAUAACAAAGGUUACGGAUAUGUUCAGAAUAUUUCCGAACGUAUGUGUUACUUUCAGAGAUAAUAGAUUACCCUUCCCUUUUCAAAAGGUCAAUAGACCGAUAGAGCGACGAAAACAAUGAUAGAUGAUGACAGAAUAUUUAGAGUUAAAGUUGAUCUCCCUUCUACGCACUUAUAUAAUGAGUUACAGAAGCCAGCUCUGUAAUCUACAAAUAAACCUCAUUACUAUAAUAAAAAUAUCAAUGUAUAUUCACUUUAUAUAAUGUUAGAGCUAAAUACACUGUUCCAAGUGGAUGUUUCAGACAUCGAUGUGAAUGUUUGUCUUGAUUUGAUUGUUAUUUAUAAACGAUUUCAAUUGUAUUUCUUUUGUGAUUAUGAAAAGACUGUAAUAAAACAACUUUAGUUUUAUUUGAUGUAAUUUAUCUUUUUCUAUAAAUUUAUCAUAAACAACGUAUCAGUAAGAUUUUAAAUCUCGCCGAAGCUAAGUCAAAUUUUCCACACAUACAAAACUUGUCGAAUCUCCCCGACGCUAAGUAAGAUUUUACACAUACAAAACUAGUCGGAGCUCCCCAACGCUGGGAUUCAUUUUGCUAAGCCCCUCCCACAUUCGAGGAUCGAGUACCUCCACACGAGACUCACUUCUCUCCCGGCCGCCACAAAGUCAACAUCUCCACUCCUUACCUAGCUUGUGGACCAGAGACCAGAGAAAACGACAGAACGAUGUGAUUUAACAAAGUCAAACUUGAUUUUCCAAUUAAUAGCCAAUGCUUUAAGAAGAUUCAUAACAUCAAGUUACACAGUAUGUAAAGCGCACGGACGAACUUACAUUAACGGAAUUAACGUAGUAAAGAGGUGAAGAAAUCCAAGGAGGAGUGGGGGAGAAGGUAAAGUGUUGAAAUGCACCAUGACAUCCGUAGAGAAGUCCAAAAAUGUCAUGCGCGAUGUGCAUGUAAGCAAGCUAUGUCUCAACAUCUGCGUUGGAGAGAGUGGUGACAAGCUUACUCGUGCAGCCAAGGUGCUGGAGUCUCUGACUGGUCAAAAACCAGUUUUCUCAAAGGCCCGGUACACUGUGCGCUCCUUCGGCAUCAGAAGAAAUGAGAAGAUCGCAGUCCAUUGCACUGUGCGAGGACCUAAAGCUGAGGAGAUCUUAGAGAAGGGAUUGAAG